AUGGAGAGAGGAGCUGAUGGAGGUGAAGGAGACAGUGCCGAGGAGGCAAGUGGUGCUGGAAGAAACGCCCCACGAGAUCAGGAAGGGCGGCCCCCCGAAAGGAAAGGAGGCAGGCUGGAAUCGACAAGGAAAAGGGGUGUUGAGGCUGACGCCAAGGAAAGGAAAAGGCAAAGGCCAGGGUCCCCAGGGUCGCUCGUCGAACCAAGGGGAUCAGGAGAAGGGAGGAGGAAGCCGGAGGAGGAGCCCGACACCCCGCAGACGAUCGAAGAGCAAGAGUCCUUCGAAACCAUCGGGUUAGAGGAGGAAGCUGACCACAGCCUGCAAGUGUUGAAGGCCUGGUUGCAGUCGGAAGAGUGUGGAGGCCUUACGAUUUCACAAUCGGGAGCCUUGCUGGCGUUGACAGCCUUCAGAAGUGGUACGCCGCUGGGUAUUUUCCUGGGUCGUAUGGUGAGGCCUGGGUCAGACGAUGGCGAAGAGAGGUCUAGACAGCGGAGUCUACUACCUCUGCCACUAUGGAAGGACUCAAGGGAUGCCUUGGCGGCGCUGUUCGACAGUGGUGAGUUCCGUCGAUUGGCGGGCAGCUGGGCUACCAAGAAGGCCAACAAGGAAAAGGCGGCGCGUUUGAGCCGCAGGAAUGGCCUGCUGAUAUGGCAUGGGCUGGUGGUCACGUUGAUAAAUCACCUGUGGUCUGGUGGGGGCUCCAAGGCGGCGGUAUGUUUGCAGGAACCCUCAAAGGCCCAGACAGGGGCUUUAGACAGACUGUGGAUCGUCGUGAGGGAUUUUGUGGAUGACACCUCGGAGUCCAAGGAGAAGGUAUUGAAGAGCCCACCAUUGGGUGAUUGGGCCACGAAACUUGCAGAUGUUCGCAUAUCCUACCACGGUGAGAUUGUGGAAAAGUCUCAUCAGCUGACAUUGGAUCAGGUGAAACCGGGCCUCCCACCGUCAGGGUAUGGUGCUAGUGUGCCGUUGGUGGAGCUGUGCGACGGAGAGCUACAGGAAAAGCUGAUGAAACCCCUGGCAAACCUCCUGCCAGAGGACGAGCUGCCGGCAGAUAUACCAAAGCCAAAAGUUCAUGCGAACCAAGAGCAAUGGAAUCUCAUUGCCCGGGACCUUUAUGAAAGAGGGCUAGUUGAGCCCGUCGAAGACCCCCUGAUGGUGAAGGGUAAGGUUGUGACAAAUGGAGCAUUUGGAGUUGUGAAACCGGGUAAGUUCCUGGAAGAUGAGAGGCCGAUCCUGAGGCUUAUAAUGGACUUCAGGGCCACGAAUGCAGUGUGCCGGGUGCUGACAGGUGAUGUCCGAAGCCUAACAGGAGCGGCGGCUUUACAGCAUGUUGUCCUCCCCGAGGGCAAGGUACUCCGGCUGAGCGCUGAUGAUCUGGUGGCGGCCUUUUACCUCUUUGCCCUGCCAGCGGGGUGGAGCAAGUUGAUGACCUUUGCUACCAAAGUGCCCUGGAAAAUCCUCGGAAUUGAAAAAGAGGGGGCUGUGCACAUCGGAGCCAAAGUUUUGCCGAUGGGCUGGGCAUCUGCGGUUGGAGUACUUCAGCACGCUCACCGGCGGCUUGCCCUGAGGUCACCGUUGGCCGGGGCAGGAUUGCUGGGGAAGUGUGAAAUCCGCCGAGAUGCUGUUUUCCCUGACUUGGAAAAGGAGGGGUCACUUUGGUCGUUGUACCUGGAUGAUGCGAACCUAAUGGAGGUGAUGAGUCGGCGAGUGGCCGCUGAGCUGGAGGGCCUACCAUCAGAAGAGCAGCAGCGUUUGAGGCGCGCAUACCAGCAUUGGGGGAUCCCGAUUUCACUGGACAAGGCAGUGGUCAGGGCUCCGAGCGCAGAAAAGCUUGGGGCAGUCAUUGAUGGUGAAGGCGGAGUGCUCAAGACCUCGACAAAAAGGGCUCUGGAAAGCCUCUCGUUGGGCUUUUGGCUGAUGAGGCAGGAUGAGGUACCGAGGAAGGCACUCCAGGUCUUUUUGGGGCGUGAGGUGCACACGCUCCAAUUCAGGCGGCCACUUUUCGGGAUCCUGGAUUACGUCUGGAAGGAUAUCAGUGAAGGUGGGGUCCUGACCCAGCUGGGGUCGAAGUCCAUUGAGGAAAUCUUGAUGUGUGGCAUGUCCCAGCCCUUGCGUGCCACUGACCUGAGGGCAAAGCUGCAUGAGGUAGUGACCGCUUCUGACGCCAGUGAGUCAGGCGGUGGCAUGGUGUAUGGCAGCAAGUUGACCACUGAAGGCCUGAAGGAGCUGCAGGCUCUGGAAUACGGAAUGGAUGAACCAAUCGCUGAAAAGGUCAGCCUUGAUGAAAAACAUAGUCAUCCUGGUCCUGGAUUUCUGAAUCGCUGGAAUCGGGGGCCGGUGGUGAUAGAACAAGACGUCGAAUGUCGUCGCCUGAAUGCUGGCCGUUGGCCGGGCUGUGAUUUGGUGGUGGACAUUAAGAAACUGAAGAGGAAGGAGCUGGAACGGGUUUUACGUAGCGUGCCGGGGCUGACAGGUGUGAUUGCAGGAGGUGGAUCUCCAUGCCAAGGACUCUCGAAGUUGUCAGCAAAUCGAGCACACCUUGAAGACCCCCGCUCGGCGUUGUUCUACAACUUUAGCGAGCUCUUGGGAAUUGUGGAGGAAAUCUGUGAGGAGAUGAAGGUCUGGUGUUUGGCCAUGCUUGAAAAUGUGAUCGGGGAUGAAGCGGACAUCCUUGAAAUGAGCAAGGAACUGGGUGCUCCUCCCGUUAUGGCGUGCGCCAGCUCCCUCUCUAGGGAUCAUCCCAGUUAUACCUGGGCUCAGCACAAGAUGUACGCUGAGGUGAUCUUUGAAGAAGAGGUAGAGCCGCUUGAGAAGAUCGCCGACCCGGGUUGGAGAUGGCCAGGUGGGGAAGAAGACCCAGAGCGGAAGCUGCCCACCUUUACUCGUGCAAUUCCAAGGAAGAGGCCGCCAGUCGCACCUGCGGGGCUAGAGCAGUGUGAUGAAGCCACCAGGUCGCGAUGGGUCAAUGACGAGAUGAAGUACCCACCAUACACCUAUCAGGAGAAAUUCUUGUUUGAAAAGAAGGAUGACCCAACACAACGCAGGGUCGCUUCAGUGACAGAGCGAGAAAGACUGAUGGGGUUCCCUACCAACUACGCGAGGGCCAUGUUUAAAAGGGAGCCCCAGGAUGAGACAGAAGAGGGUGAGCAGACCAUCAAAAGGGAAGCUGCUCUUGGCAACAGCUUCCAUGCAGUGGUGGUGGCAUGCCUCAUGGAUCUCUGGUUGUGGUCGAAGGGGAUCAGAACGGAUCCUCUUGGGGCCCAGGAGAUAGUCCAUAGGUGGCACGAAGAAAUGGAUGGGCCUGAGCUGAAUGACUGGGGCCCGGCUGUGGCCAGCAACACUGCUGCUCAAAAGCCUCAAGCCCGUGAGCUGGAGGAGGAAGAAGCCCUUAUGUCUGUGGAAGCAGAACCAAAGCGGGCGGAGUGGCUGCGCCUCGCUGGGCAUCAUGGGAUUGGAAGUAAGGAGGUCAACCCCCUCAAUGUGCGCAUGGUCCAUCAUUUUCUGCGUCGUUCAGAAUUCCGAGGAUCAGAUGUCAGGCUUGAUCUGGGGAUUGUCUGGCGGCCUGACGCAGUGGCUCGCACAUCCAUCAACCCAGAACGAUGGGUCUGGAAUGUUGGUCAGGCUUACAGGUGGCUGCGCCGGGAGCACAUCAACCUAUUGGAGCUUCGUGCCAUCCUGCGCACACUGCAAUGGAGAGCGCGCUCAGGAAAUAUGCCGUUGACAAUCAGAUGUAGAGAAACCAAGGCUGAACGUAAAGCAGAGAGGCAGAAAAUUGGCAAACUUGAGGAUCAACGAAUUUCGCCGAGCACUACAGCUCGGUAUCAACACGCUCUAGAUGAGCUGUGUAAAUUCAACAAAGCAACUCAGUCGGCCCUCCUAAGGAGAGCCGAUCUUGGCGACAUUUUGUGCGCCUACAUAGAGAAACUCUGGGAAGAUGGAGAAACCAAGUCGCUGGGAAGCUACACUAUGGCGGCAGUCCAAUUCUUCCGGCCGGAGUUAAAGGGCCAAUUGAGCAAGCCAUGGAAGUUGAUGGCCCUUUGGGGGAGGCUUGAACAACCUCGCAGAGCCACUCCUUUGGACACUUCCUUGGUCCUUGCCUUCGCGGGUACUUUUAUCAAGUGGCAAUGGCCACGUCUGGCCUGUCUCACCAUUGUGGGCUUCUGCGGCCUUUUGAGAACGGGGGAGAUGUUUCAACUUUUGCGCUCCAGUGUGGUCAUGCCACGCAAGUUGGGGCAACCUGCAAUUCUCUUCCUGUUCAACACCAAGACAACCAAACGCAAUCUCCUUGAGGCCGAAAAAGUCAUUAUCAGUGAGAGAACUGGCAUUGACGCCUUGCGUUACCUUUGUCAAGGUAAACGCCAGGAUGAACCGCUGGUAGAAACUAGCAGUUCAAAAUUUCGUGACCUUUGGAAAGAUGUGGUGCAAGAGCUGCAACUCACACAGUUUCACUACUUGCCUUAUUCCUUGAGGCGAGGCGGGGCUACGUGCGCCUACAGAGAAGGGAUGUCCUUUGACCUUCUGAUGGCAAAAGGCCGUUGGAGGAACAUUUCUACGGCAAGGGGCUAUUUAGACCAGGCUUUACAAGAAUAUGCGGCCUUGCAGUUGCCACCUCCCUCUUUGUCCAAAAUUCGCGCUGCCAAAAAUGUCUUUAAGGCAGCCAAGUUGGGGCGCGUGGAGGGGGAGGUUUGA